GGUGCUGUUGGCUCUCUCUGUCUGCUCAACCCAGGCUGUGCGGAGCUCCCUGCGGGAUCAGAGCGCUCCCCCGCCGGGACCCUACUCUCACAUCCUCCUGCUGGGACACGGCUACAUUUCCAGCCAAGCCUGGCUUUAUUAUGUGUGUCUGCGCUGCAGCCCCGCCAGCAGUCGGAUCGGGAGGCGGAGGGAAGACCAGAGUCAGGACAAAGAAAAAGGCAGAGAGAGGCUAGCGACUAGAAAUAUAUACGGCUUUUAGGACGUAAAGGGGAUAUAAACAAGAAGAAAAAAAUCCCCGCAGGUAAAAAACAUGCUGCGUAAAAUGGCAUUGAGAGUGCCACCUUCCGAAAAAUAAGAGCGCAAAGGAGGGCGGUUCGGCGUUCGGGAUCAGAAACGAAAAAAGACAGUUCCGACAACUACAAAAACAGAAUCUCAAGAGGAACGCGAGGAAGAAAAACAUUAAAGCAAAUCCUAAACAUUGAUCACAUUGUCGGGAAGUAUCGCCACCGAUCAGGUGUGAAUGCUGUAAUUUGGGCACGCUGCGCUUCUUGAAACUCUGAGUGUGCGCCCGCUCCACCGUCACGGAGGAACAAAAGAGCGUUCGCGUUUUGAGCACGGGAAAACGCACAAGUUAUUCGUUAAAUCCACAGGUUGAGUCGCGCGACUGGAGAAGUUCAAUCAUUGGAAUAUCCGGGCGCUGCGUCUCGUACCAUUGCUCUACUCUCUCUUCCUUUGAAUGCUUUAGGACUAUCGAGACCGAAGUUGCCGCAUUGCAACAGGCAAAGUAAAGAAAUCUCAGAAGUAUCAGCGCGUAACCUGCACUUGUUUAUCGGAGAGGACAAGAUACGCAUUAAAAGAAGCAAAAUAUCGCCGUUAAGACGGAGAUGUCUAGACGCAAGCAGGCCAAACCGCGCUCCGUUAAAGCGGUAGAAGAGGCCGAAUCUACAGAGUGUACCAGUGGCUGGGACUCUUCUGUUCAGACAGAUGCGACAGUAUCAGAGCGAGACUCAGAACGAAAGGAGAGCAAGGCGGCAGGAGAGGAUGGAGAACAGAGUGUGACGAGUCAUGAUGAGAGGGUGGGAGAGGAUGAUCUAGAUGAUGACUCUAUCUUCACCUGUGACAACUGCCAACAGGACUUUGAGUGCCUGGCAGAGCUGACCGAGCACCGUACCAACCACUGCCCAGCAGAUGGUGAUGAUGACCCGGGGCUCUCCUGGGUGGCGUCCUCUCCCUCUAGCAAAGACGUGGCAUCGCCGUCACAGAUGCUAGGGGAUGGCUGCUGCGAUAUGGGCAUGGGCACAGGGGAGGAAGAAGGGGGCUCUGGCCUGCCUUAUCCCUGCCAGUUCUGCGACAAGUCCUUCAGUCGCCUCAGCUACCUGAAGCGCCACGAGCAGAUCCACAGUGACAAGCUGCCCUUCAAGUGCACCUUCUGCAGUCGUUUGUUCAAACAUAAACGCAGCCGAGAUCGCCACGUCAAGCUGCACACCGGUGACAAAAAGUACAGCUGCCAGGAGUGCGAGGCAGCUUUUUCACGAAGCGAUCAUCUUAAGAUCCACCUCAAGACGCACAGCUCCAGCAAACCAUUCAAAUGCAGCAUUUGCAAGCGGGGCUUUUCCUCCACCUCCUCUCUGCAGAGCCACAUGCAAGCGCAUCGGAAGAACAAGGAACAUCUGGCAAAGAAAGAUCAGGGGAAACGUGAUGGGUCUAACAGUGACGUAGCUGACCAGGACCAGGAUCUGUACAUGUGUGAUUACUGUGAGGAAACGUUCAGUCAGACAGAUGAACUUGAAAAACAUGUACUGACGCAGCACCCGCAGCUCUCAGACCGUGCAGAACUGCAAUGCAUCCACUGCCCUGAAAUCUUCACCGAUGAAGGCACUCUGCUCACUCAUAUUGACAGAACGCACGCCAACAAGAAACACAAAUGCCCAAUGUGUGCUGAGCAGUUCUCAUCUGUAGAGGACGUCUAUUGCCAUCUUGACAGUCACCGACAGCCGGACUCCAGCAUCCAUAGUGCCAGUCCUGACCCAGUCCUGGGUAGCGUGGCAUCUAUGAGCAGUGCUACGCCUGAUUCCAGUGCCUCCUUGGAGAGAGGAUCGACCCCAGACUCCACCCUGAAACCUGGACAGAGCAGACGUAAGCUUGCCCCAUCUUCUGACCAUGAUGACGGAAGCUGGUCAGGCAAAGUGACCUACAGUUGUCCAUAUUGCUCAAAGAGAGAUUUUAACAGCCUGGCUGUCCUGGAGAUUCAUCUGAAGACCAUCCAUGCAGACAAACCUCAGCAGAGCCACACCUGCCAGUUCUGUCUGGAAACCCUGCCUACUCUCUAUAACCUCAAUGAGCAUGUUCGCAAAGCACAUCGAUCCAGCGGGAGCUCUGCAUCUAACUUUCCCCUUCUGCAGUUCAGUAACAUUUCAGCCUUUCAUUGCAACUACUGUCCUGACAUGUUUGCAGACAUAAACAGCCUGCAAGAGCACAUCCGUGUUUCUCACUGCUUACGUGGAGGUGUGGUUGCUGGAUCCACCACUUUGGAGGGCAACCAUGCUUUCUUCUGCAACCAGUGCUCUAUGGGCUUUCUUACAGAAUCGUCCCUCACCGAGCACAUUCAGCAGACCCAUUGCAACAGUGGUAGUGGAGUAACUAAGAUGGAGUCCCCGGUUUUACAGCCCUCACAGUCUUUCAUGGAGGUGUACUCUUGCCCCUACUGCACCAACUCUCCCAUCUUUGGCUCUCUCCUCAAACUCACUAAACACAUUAAGGAAAAUCAUAAGAACAUCCCACUUGCCAAUAACAAGCGCAAAGUCAAAGUGGCAGACUUGAGCCCGGCCUCAUCCGAUGUGGAGAUAUCCUCCCCUAAACGCCAUCGAGUAACUGGGGAUACUACUCCAGCUGUUGCUAAUGGAGACUAUCCCUGCAAUCAGUGUGACCUUCGAUUCAAUAGCUUUGAGGGUUUCCAAGCCCAUCUCAAGUCCCAUCUGGAACUGCUGCUGAGGAGACAGUCAUGCCCGCAGUGCAACAAAGAGGACUUUGAUUCCCAAGAGGCAUUGCUUCAGCACUUGACUAUUCACUACACCACCACCUCCACACAAUAUGUUUGUGAGAGCUGUGACAAACAGUUCUCUUCUGUUGAUGAUCUACAAAAGCACUUGUUAGACAUGCAUACCUUUGUGCUGUACCACUGCACGCUGUGUCAAGAAGUCUUUGAUUCCAAGGUGUCCAUCCAAGUUCACCUGGCUGUCAAGCAUAGCAACGAGAAGAAAAUGUACCGUUGCACUGCAUGUGCUUGGGACUUCCGGAAAGAGAGUGACCUGCAGUUACAUGUGAAGCACAGUCAUUUGGGUCAUUCCACUGGACCAGCGGCAACUGGAAAAGCACGGAAGUGCAUAUUUUGUGGUGAGUCCUUUGGCACGGAAGUAGAACUACAGUGCCACAUCACUACCCACAGUAAAAAGUAUAACUGCCGCUUGUGUGGGAAGGCCUUCCAGGCUAUUGCCCUGUUAGAGAGACAUCUCAGAGAGAAGCACUGCAUUUUCGAUGGAGGAAAUGGCAAUGGAAAUGGUGGGAGCCAAAAUGGGACACCCAACGGGGUGACUCAAAGUUCUAAACGUUCAGCAGCAGGAUCGACUGUAGCCGCUGAGCAGGCAGAUUUGCAGAACAUGCUUUUGAAAGGAGGCGGUCAGGAAACGGCCAACAGCCAUGAAGCCAGUGGUGGCGAAGAGGAGCUGGAUGCCUCAGAACCAAUGUAUGCCUGUGACAUCUGCGGUGCUGCCUAUACCAUGGAGUCUCUACUCCAAAAUCAUCGCCUUAGAGACCACAACAUUAGACCAGGCGAAGAUGAUGCAGGGACAAGAAAAAAGAAGGCAGAUUUCAUUAAGGGUAACCACAAGUGCAAUGUUUGCUCGCGGACCUUCUUUUCAGAGAAUGGCUUGAGGGAACACGCCCAGACACACCGUGGCCCGGCAAAACACUACAUGUGUCCCAUCUGCGGUGAACGUUUCCCUUCACUGCUUACUCUCACGGAGCACAAGGUCACCCACAGCAAGAGCUUGGACACAGGCACCUGCCGUAUCUGCAAGAUGCCCCUGCAGAGUGAGGAGGAGUUUAUCGAGCACUGCCAGAUGCACCCUGACCUGAGGAACUCCCUUACAGGCUUCCGCUGUGUUGUCUGUAUGCAAACUGUCACCUCAACAUUGGAACUAAAGAUCCAUGGAACUUUUCACAUGCAGAAACUCUCUUCCUCUAGCGUCAGUGGUGGAGCAGGAGGAGGAUCAGCCUCAUCGUCUCCCAAUGGCCAGCUGCAGACCUACAAACUUUAUAAAUGUGCCCUUUGUCUCAAAGACUUCAGGAAUAAGCAGGAGCUGGUCAAGAUAGACGUCAAUGGCCUGCCUUAUGGUCUUUGCGCUGGCUGCAUGAGUCGGGGCACAAAUGGCCAGUCCCCAAGUGUUGUUGUCACCCCACAAGAGGCUGGGGAGAAGAACUCGUCUGGACUUCGGUGCCCAGAGUGUGCAGUAAAAUUUGAGACCGUGGACGACCUGGAAAACCAUGUUCAGAUGGAUCAUCCAGAAAUGAGCCCUGAGACCAGUGGAGCCAAGAAAGUUACAGAUGCUUCACCUAUCCCUAAAAAGAAGACGUAUCAGUGCAUAAAAUGCCAAAUGACUUUCGAGACGGAACGAGAGAUACAGAUCCACGUUGCCAAUCACAUGAUCGGAGAGCCCGCCCAGCUGCAAGAGGAAGGCAUCAAUCACGAGUGCAAGCUGUGUAACCAGAUGUUUGACUCUCCGGCCAAGCUCCUGUGUCACCUGAUCGAGCACAGCUUCGAGGGCAUGGGAGGCACCUUCAAGUGUCCCGUCUGCUUUACAGUGUUUGUUCAAGCCAAUAAGCUGCAGCAGCACAUCUUCGCCGUCCACGGGCAGGAGGACAAGAUCUACGACUGCUCCCAGUGUCCACAGAAGUUCUUCUUCCAGACCGAGCUCCAGAACCACACACUGAGCCAGCACGCACAGUGAGACCGGGCCCCGCAGGACUCCCGGUUCAGCCUAGAACCCCGACCCAGGCCCGGUGGGGGAGGAACAUUUCAACAUCACAGCCAAUCAAAGUGUCAUUUGCUACUCACAUGUAAAACUCUAACGAUUCCGCCACCAGGCGCAGCUAUUACGAACGGUGGGGAAUGAAUAUUAAUGGGAUAUGCUAUUAAAAAAGAAAAGGAGAGAAAAAAGGAGAUGGAGAGAAAAAGGUAUUCUACGUGCAGUAUUUUUUAUCAUCCCUUCUUCCUGGUUGUGUGUUCCUUAUUUUUCCCCCGUUUUCUUUAUCGUUUUUGUUUAAUUCGGGGACAAAAGAAAAAAAUGGAUGGAGAAACACCCUAUGCCUGAUUUUAAUCUCUAGAAAUACAUAUCUUGUCCUCUGUUGCUUCAUGUAUCAAACUUCAUACGUGCCAAUUUUGUUCUUUUAAAUGCAUAUAUUCUCAACCCCUUUUUUAUUUGUACCAUUUAUUUCUUGCAGUAAAUAGGUACUUGUGCUGUGCUGUGAUUGCUUGCCAGUCGUAAUAUUUUUCCUUUCUAUUAUUAUUAUUGUUAUAUAUUUUCUUUUUUCUAAUUACAGUAAAAAGACAAAAAACAUAUAAAGAAAAAAUAAAAAACAUAAUGGUUUUGAUUGGAUUUUCCAGUACAUGGGCCUUAUGGAUGUUGUAAAAAUGAAUAUUAUUGAUUUCAGUGCAACUGGAUGAUGUCUGCUUUUUAAAUGUGAAUUAACCAGAUUGCAAUAAACUAGUACAGUUGAAAAUAAACAAAUAAAUAAAUCAUGAAUAAAGGGAAUCCAUGAAUCUGAAGUGAGUGUUCUUUCAAAGCUCAGAUAAAGAGAACCGAAGUGUUUUUUCCCCGGAU